UGUAAGACCCCUAGAGAGAGAGAGAGAGAAUCAGAGAUCCAUUUUGCAUCAGUGCAUUACUUUACUGCAAUACCCUCUGAAACUAUGAAUUUGAAGCUAAUCUUAACUGCAACAAUUCUUGCAGUCCUCUCCAUUUUCGUCACACAAAACCCUACUCUGUUUUUUCUUCCACCAUCAAUUCCUGGAUCGCAUGACCAGCUUCAAGCUGCAGAGGUAAUCCCAGUAGUUGGAGCUGUUGGACCAGAAAGUCUCGCAUUCGAUCCCAACGGCGAUGGCCCUUACACCGGGGUUGCCGAUGGUCGAAUCCUCAAAUGGCAAGGACAAGCCCAAGGCUGGACUGAGUUUGCUGUUACCUCUCCACAAAGGAAGGAUUGUGAGCGCCCUUUUGCACCGGAGAUGGAGCAUGUUUGUGGGAGGCCAUUAGGAUUGAAAUUUCAUCCAAAGACGGGAGAUCUGUACAUUGCUGAUGCUUAUUUUGGGCUUCAUGUGGUAAACCCAGAUGGAGGUUCAGCUACCCAAUUGAUAACCGAAGCUGAAGGUGAGCCCUUUCGAUUCACCAACGAUAUGGACAUCCAUGAAGAAGAAAAUGCGAUCUAUUUCACUGAUACAAGUACAGUCUUUCAGAGAAGGCAGUUCAUGGUAGCUGUUUUAAGCAUCGACAAGACGGGGAGAUUGAUGAAAUACGACAUCUCUAACAAAGAAGUGACGGUGUUGCUGAGAGGGCUUGCUUUUGCCAAUGGUGUGGCACUGAGCAAAGAUCGCUCCUUUGUGCUUGUAGCUGAAACAACCACUUGCAGGGUCAUCAGGUAUUGGCUUCAAGGUCCUAAAGCAGGAAGUCAUGACGUCUUCGCCGAGCUUCCUGGGUUUCCUGAUAAUGUUCGAAGGAAUUCGAAAGGGGAAUUCUGGGUUGCUUUACAUGCGAAGAAGGGAAUUUUAACGCAUUUGAUUCUGUCAAACAGUUUCAUUGGGAAGACAUUGUUGAAGCUUCCCUUAAGUUUUAAGAACUUGCAUUCGAUGUUUGUUGGGUUUAAGGUUCAUGCAACUGCUGUGAAGCUGAAUGAAGAGGGACAAGUUGUUGAGGUGUUAGAAGAUUGUGAAGGAAGGACUUUGAAAUUUAUUAGUGAGGUUGAGGAGAAGGAUGGAGAUUUGUGGAUUGGGUCUGUGUUGAUGCCCUUCAUGGCCAGGUAUAAGCAAUACUAGAACCUCCAGAAUUUUGAUGUCAUUAAUUGCCUAUGUAGCAGCAUGUGUGUAAUGAAUAGAAUGGUAACGAAUUGUAAAAACUAAGAUGUUUAUUAGGUAAUCCCAUCUAGCUGAUUACUCUUCAUAAUAUCUCUCUUGUAGUGAUGGCCUCUGUGUUUCUUUGGCUCUUUUUUUAAGCCAGAACUGUUGGUGCAGCUAUUUUAUCAAA